AUGGCCGAGACGGCCUCCCCGCGCAGGAAGCCGUCCCCCGCGGCAUCAAAGCUCCGGCACUCACCCGAGGGCGAGAGGACACCGUGCUCCGUCAUGACGGACCAUUCGGAAGGCGAAAUGGCCAGGUUCACGCCGGCGACGAUAGCGGCCCUGCAGUUUCCGCUGUUUAUGUCUUGGCAUGCUAGGUGCAGUGCGACAAGGGAUGAGGAGCAGGCUGUGCGCACGACCAUGCUGUUUCAAGCUGUUAGCUACCAGGUUACCAAGGUAGACAGCAGGAGCUGGUUGGCAAGUCCGCAAUCGCCCGACACUUCUGGCCUGGCAGACUUGGCACCCUGCCUAUCCAGCAUGGCCAUGCCGUCCCACUCGUUGCCCAUCUGCCCGACGUAUACUCCCACGUCGGCGCCCGUCCACCGGGUCUCGCCCGCCGUCUCAAACGCCUCGUGCACCACCUCGAGCAGCAGCCUCUGCCGCGGGUCCAUCAUCUCGGCCUCCUGUCUGCUCAGCGAGGAAAAGAACCCGGCGUCGAGGCGGCGGAGCGUCUCGUCGGCCAAAAAGUGCCCGUGCCGACUCGUGACGUUGUGCCAGGCGUCCAUGUCGAACCUGCUCUUGGGGAUGGGCGUGCGCGUCGUGCGUCCGUUGACCAGGAGGUCCCAGUAUGACGCUGCAUCGUGGAUCCCGCCCGGCAGACGCAUUCCCAUGCCGACUAUAGCGAUGGCGGGAAAAGACGAGGGAUGA